AUGGCCAAAGUCGUCACCAGAAAGAACAUCCGGAACAUGCCGGCUAACGAGCGCGAUGACCUCGUCAAAGCGUUCGCAGGUAUCCAGAAACUUCCCCCUACUGACCCCAACUCCUUUUUUAUGAUUGCAGGCUACCAUGGCGAGCCUUUCCGUGGUGCUGGUUGGGGUAAUCCUCAGUGGUGGGGAGGAUACUGUAACCAUGGCAAUGUUCUCUUUCCUACCUGGCAUCGUGCUUACCUCCACCAUCUUGAGAAGGCUCUCCAGUCCAUCGUUCCCGGUGUCGCUAUGGCAUAUUGGGAUGAGACGGAGGAAGAGUCUCUCAAGUACGGAAUCCCAGAAUACUUCCUGACACCCACGUACACCUGCCAGAACAAGGAAGUCAUUGAUCCCAAUCCGCUUUACUCUUACCAGUUCCAAGCAAACAUCACAGAUCAUCUAUCCCCCAUCCCUGAUGGUCUCGUUAGCACCGAGAAGGACCGGGCCAAGACUAAGGUCCACAACGACACACUCAAUGACUUGGGCAUAGCCAAGACGAAUCAGAUGCUCAAUGGAAACAUUAUCACCUGGCUCAACAAGGUUACAUUCGACAAUGAUGUGGGUACGACCAUCAAGGCCAAUGUCAGGUACAAAGCCGGUACAGAUGGCUAUGUUCCCAUUGUUCCUCCUGAAUCCCCGUACAACUCGAUCCAUCUGGCCGUUGGAGGUUUCCAGCUUGAGAAGAUCGAUGCGGACUUUAACCAGUACACCGGAGCCAAUGGCGAUAUGGGUGAGAAUGAUACUGCCGCCUUUGAUCCCAUCUUCUUCUUCCACCACUGCUUCGUCGAUCUUGUCUUCAAUGAGUGGCAGAAGAAGAACAACGCCCUUCAGUCAAUUGACAUCAUUCAGGGUUACCCAGGUACCAACUCUGUCGACAGCCAAGGUCCAACCCCCGGUGUCGCCGGCGGAACUUGGUUGACCCUCGACAGUGCUCUUGAUCCGUUCAAGAAGCCCGGUAGUGAGACUGAUCCCAUGACUUCCCGCGGUGUGGUCAAUCCCGAGAACCUGGGCUAUAACUAUUAG